AUGUGGGAAGAGCUCGGGUAUUACGAAGGGUUUGCAUUGACUUGGAGAGCUAUACACGAAAAACAAUCACGACAAGACCACCGUUCAAUAUUACACAUUCGUAACCUCCUCGAGCUCAUCUCCCAAUUUCCGACCAUCAACCCAUCUGCUGCUGAUGCAGCGUCCGAUGGACAUCUCGAAACUCAUUCGCCAGAUUCGAUCUAA